UCACCUACAAAAGAAAAAAUAAAAAGGACAAUAGUUAUAAAAAUAUAUAAAAUAAGUUAGAAUUGCAAAACAAAGCUUGACAACAGAUAAAAUCAGCACUAAAGCGAAUUAGCCAGUUUGAACAGUGAGUUCAAAUCUGCAGCAGGUUGUUGAAGGUUAAGAGUUGAUAAAUGACCGUGCGUCCGGUGCAGGAGCCCAUCCUGGACAAAGAUGGAGGGAUCGCCUCCAUUGGCAGCCUGCAAAUGUUUCACGUGUCCCUGGACCUGCUCUCCUGCCUCUGGGCUCUGGAGGUUUGAGGCUCCUGCUGAAGGUGCUCUGAUGACGGCUCCUCUGACGGUUCCCGUGUUAUCAGCCGUCACAUGACUCUGUGUCAUCGUCAGCUGUGAGGACUCGGGGGGGGCCUCGGGUGUUCCUUGGUAGAGACGCUGAGAGGAGAACCAAAUGAUUUAGACCUAAGAGGCCUGACCCCACACUUCACCCAUAUGCCCAUCCUGACGGCCAUGAGAAGCAUUUUCUCAAAGUUAAUCUCACAGCAACUCGAUUCACUCUGACCAGUACCUGUUGAACCUGAGCAGCAGGUCAGAGGUCAGAGGCCACUCAGCAGAGGAUGCAGAAGCACGAAUGUGAUGUGUGCCUCAGGCUGAAGCAGCAGAAAACCUGAACAUUUGUAAUUACGAGCACACUCUGUGCUGACAUGUUUGCUAAUCCAACAUGAGGCUCCUCCCCUUUGUGUUUUUCUAUUCACUUUUGUUAGUAUUUACAACUGUAUGUGUAAACUAGUAAACCCAACCAGAACCAGAGCACUGCUCCUAAACACCUGCCCCAUCACCGUGACUGCAGCGCUGACACUUCACCACCAGGUGUCACUGUUUGGUCUCUGAAGGUUUCCUCUUACAGGUAACUCUUUAAAUCUCCCACCUCCACCAUCUGAUUGGAUGCUGAUGGAUCCGCCGCCGGUGAAAUUCUCGGCAGAGGGCGUGGCUUCAGAAGCUGCAUUCACAGUCACCUGAAGUUCUGCAGAAGAACAGUUUGAACUUUACACACCCGCAGAAAGGAUUUCACAUGUUUUAAUGCUGAAACAAAGCUUUUAUUCUGAAAAUCUGAAUCAGUUUUACCACUAAAGCACUCAGAGACACAAACGAUGGUAAUCUGACAGAUGAAACUAUUGCUGUGAGAGCUGAACGCUGCAGGGGUGUGGAUGCUGAACGCAGCCCUGAGCAUUGGCUCAGCAGGCAGCUUUCUGACCUCUGGUCUCUCCAGGAGCUUCACAGAGGAACCCUCGACCGCUCUCUGCAGGUGCAAAGUGCUUCAGAGGUUCUGGAAACUGAAGCGUGCAGGAACCACCUCAGGGACUGAAACAGGACCAGGAUGUCUGCAGGAGGGGAAGCAGCUGAUGUGGUGUACUGCCUGGCCCAGGAGCAGGACUUCCAACAGGUCCUGAACAUCUGCACGCCUGAGGACUACAACGGGCUCGACUACAUGGCCGCCUUCUAUCACCGCUGGCUGCAGGAGUCCAGACGCGUCGUCUUCAUCGCCCGGAUCAACGGCAGAGUGGUGGCGCUGGAGUCUGCGCUUCUGGUGGACGGCGGUCAGACAGUUGUGCUUCAGGGGCGCAGGGUGGUGUCCGAUCUGAGGGGCAGUGGCAUCGCCGGCGCCCUCCAGAGGCAUGUGACCAACUACGUCCGCCGCCACUACCCAGAAGUCUCUGCUGUGAGGCUGAGCCGAGGAGAUAAUCCUUCAGCGCAGACGCUUGCCAAGUACAGGCUCAUAGCGAAGGAGGCCAUCUUGUCUCUGUGCUGUGAGGUGGUCAACCUGGGCUCCUUCAUCACUGAGCUUCAAUCCAAACUUCUGCUCCGCGCCGAUUCCUCCUGUGGUCCGGUCAUGCUGAGCUGGCGGCAGGCGGAGACGCUGGUCCUGUCCGAGCACGUGGUUUCCAACCUGCUGCCCGGCAAAACCGUCAUCAACGACUGGGAGCCCUUGAAGCCGGUGGAGGCCAACCUGGAGGUACUGCAGCGCAGAGGCCUAACGUGGAUCGUAGACCGCGAGUUCAAGCCCGCUGCCCUCAGUCUGGGCACGCCACCGUACGCCGUACCCUACCGCCACAAUGCCAUGCGCCUCAACAUCAACAUCUUUGGCCGCAGUCUGGCAUCGGUGUGCGCCGUGUUUCUGGCACAGCUGGAAGCUUUCCUGCCGAGUCUUAAAGGUUACCUGGUCUGCCACACCUACGUGGAUCCUGGGCUGUGGGCGGGGUUACGUCAGUUCUGUCAGAACGAUGCAAACGUGUCAUUUUUUAAGGACUACUGGGAGGAAGUCAUACUGGAGACAGACCUCUGACUGGACUCGGCGUGACUGCUCCUCUCGGAGACCAAACCAAGCUUGAAUGUUCCGGCGGAUAUUUUGACCUCUGCCAGGAUUCCUUCAAACACUUCCAAACCUUUUGUCCUGGAUUCCCAGGAUCCCGUGAGGUUCCACAUGCAGUUUUAAUUAAAUGUUAUAGAUUUGUUUAAAAGCUUUGGGGAUGUCAGGUAUUUCAAGUGAGGAGUUCAUGGGUGCCUUGGUUGGGUUACAGUUCUAGAAGGUUCCUAAAAGGAUCUGUAGGCCCAGCAGAGACUCCUCAGAGAGCUGCACUGGUCCUUAAGUGGAUCUGCAGCUUGUCUGAGUGUUAGUGUGAGUUUUAA